CACGACUCUGACUCCUUCUUGCCAGCCCUCACGAUGCUCUACGCUGACGAGUACUGACUGCGCAUCCUCGAAGUACUAUCUGAUCUCUCGCUGUGCUACAGACGCCGAACAGAAACGUUCGUACCUCUCUUUGCCCGACUUGGGGUGGGGUGUCACCAUCGGGUCUUUCACCUUGACAAAAGUGGAGCUCGACUCAGGAAGCUUUGGUGCGACUACCGUGCUCCUAGCUCGACAUUCACCUGCUGCACUGCGAGGAAGUCUGAAAGACCCUCUUUCGCGCUGCGCUCACUUCAUCAUCUUGCCAGGAGCCGGCGACGGACGUCCUUUGCCAAAGUGAACCGCAGAGCAGUGCAUUCCUGAGGCAUAUGAAGCGCUCGAGAUCCCCUUCAACCGAACUCGACUCCAGCAACCAAGGCUUUGCAUCUCGAAGGCUCUCCUUGCGCACCCAUUCGUCACUCAAUUCUUCCAUCAGCGCAGCGAUGGCAAACCUGCCCGCUUGCCCUCACGUCGCGGCGGUCUUGCCUGGUCUAGCACCGCCUCGAGCAGGCCAAGACGUGCACAAGGAUGAAUGCACCUUGUGCUUCGAUGGUUCCCAAGAGGAACAUGGUAUCGAUGUUUGCUUAUCCUGCUUCAAUGGUGGCUGUGUAGGCAAUAAAGAUCGAGAGCAUGCUAGAGCUCACGCUUCCAAAACUUGGCAUCCUAUCGUAUGCAACGUCAAGCGUAGAAGGAAACCAUCGGAGAACCCAAUUCAAGACACUCCUUCGAAAGUUGCCAUUCUGGCGCGGAAAGAGGAGGAUGACUGGACGUAUGAGACCACAGUCAAGUGUAUGGCCUGCGACCAAGUCAACGGCCGGCUGCUCGAGAAAGUCGGCAAGCUGGGUGAAGUAGCAAAUUCAAUCGUGCGCAGCUUGUCCUCCUCUCAGCAGAACGAGGUUCAAGCCUGGGAAGCGAUCAUCGAGCCUUGUCAACACACCAGGGAUCUGCAGCAGCAGGCUGAUGCCACCAAGGUCUCGAAUGAGGGUAAAUGCAGCCGUUGUGACCUUACCGCCAAUCUCUGGCUUUGCUUGACAUGUGGUGCGGUGUCCUGCGGUAGACAACAAUUCGGUGGCUUGGGGGGAAAUGGUCAUGCUAUGCUGCACUUCAAGGAUACGGGCCACCCUGUCUCUGUCAAGCAGGGCACCAUUACCCCAGAAGGAACAGCAGAUAUAUAUUGCUACGCUUGUGACGAUGAGCGCAAGGAUCCCGAUUUGGCCAAACAUCUUCAGCACCUCGGCAUCUCGACCCUAGGACUCGUCAAGACAGAGAAGAGCAUGACUGAGCUCAACUUGGAGCAGAACAUUAACUUUGACUUUAACAUGACUGGCGACGAUGGUAAAGAGCUGCAACCGCUCUUUGGGCCCGGAUUGACUGGCCUGAAAAAUCUGGGCAAUAGCUGCUACAUGGCUUCUGUCUUGCAAGCUGUCUUCGCUUUACCGACGUUCAAGGCUCGAUAUUUCACCGCUUAUCGACCGCACACGACGGCGUGCACCAAUCCUCAACCCGCCAACUGCAUCGAAUGUCAGAUGGGCAAGCUGGCUGACGGACUGCUCUCCGGUCGCUAUGCAGUUCCCUCACCUGAGCAAGCGACGAAAAACCGAGGAAAGGGGGCCGUAUUUCAAGAUGGUAUCAAGCCCAGCAUGCUGAAGAGCCUGAUAGGGCGAGGUCACUCAGAGUUCUCUACAAUGCGACAGCAAGACGCCGAUGAAUUCUUGAAGCACCUUGUCAGCUGUUUGCAGCGCGACACUCGGAGGAUCGCUACAGAUGUUAUCCAGAUCGAGGGCGCACCUUCGGACGACGCUACGCGAAUCUUCAGCUUUGGGCUCCAGUCGAGGCUACAAUGUACUGAGUGCAGGCGGGUGCGAUAUACCGUUGAAGCUCAGGAUGCUGGUCUCAGCCUCCCCGUUCCACUUAGACCCAAAUUCAAGCCACUUGAAAUAUCUGAGGUUGUGGAAUCUGGAAACGAUCAGGUGGUCAAUGAUGUGGUGUUACCGCCAACGCCCAGAGAGGAAGUGACCACCGACAUUCUACCAGAUGGUCCUGAUUCGGACGCUAUGCAAACAGAUGACACCACGCCCGUGCCAACGCCGCCUCGCUCGGAUAUACCAGGUCCGGAAGGAGCGCAGGAGGCAAAAGGCAAAGCACCAGUCGAGGGCCCCCAUGCUGUCAACGAGCUCGAAACUGACUCGUACGCUGCUGCGCAGGAUGAAGCUUCUGACAUGCAGGCACAGUCUCUGGCGGAUGAGCAGUUGGCGAAAAGCUUAGCAGCAGAAGGAACCAAAGACGAUCCAAUCAAUUUGAUCGGCGAAGCAAACAAUGAGGAAGAUGCUGAGAGUCGGGCGAAAGAGGAGGCCGAGUUUCAGAAAGCGAUAGCGGACUCGCUCCAGACUGGCGGAUCCCUCAACCAGAUCGAGUACGAAGAAGUGGAUCUUCAGGAGUGUUUGGACAUCUUCACCGCUCCAGAAGAGCUCGAGUAUCAUUGUCCAGCCUGCGAAAAGCACGUCAUUGCAACCAAGCAGACUUUGUUCACCUCUUUUCCCGACGUGCUCUCGAUCCAGGUGCGGCGCUUCCAGCUCAUCAACUGGGUGCCACAGAAGGUAGACGUGCCUAUCAACGUCCCGCUGGAAGGACUGAAUUUGGACAAGUACUUGGGUACGGGCAAGAGAGACGACGAAGAGGAACUACCUGAGCCAAAAGAUGAUCCGCCGCCCGCCGCUGCCACCAACACGCCACAAGGAUCUGCCCAACCUCCACCGUCUGUGGAUCUUGGCAAGUGGUCGAACUGGAGCGGACCAAAGUUCGAUCAAGGUCUUCUGAGCGAAGGCAUCGAGAUGGGCAUGUCGCCAGGCAGAGCUCAGAACGCCUACUUUGAAGCAUUUAGACAGACCGGGAGAUGGGACGCAUCGGAAGUCGCUAUGGACUGGGCGUUCUCGGCUGAUGAAGAUCCUGCUGUAGACAUCGCACAAGACUUUGACGGGAUUGCGCAGCAGGAGAUUGCAGCGAUAUACGCAGCUGCUGGAGUUGAUCCCUACGCGCCGGCGGACGUCACGUCAAAUGAAUCUGGUGGAGCGUCGGUAGCCGAGAGCGGUACUGCGACGCCGACUGCGGAUUACAGCAUCUUUGAGGAGAUGGGAUUCUCAAAGAACCAAGCUAGGAAAGCUUUGAGAAUUAGCAAUGGAAACGCCGAUGCUGCUGUGGGAUGGCUGUUCGAGAACGGUGGCGAUCCUGGCGAAGAGGAGCAGUCUUCUGCCCCGGCUUACUCUGCGUUCGAUGCGACCACAGCGGGCCCUGAGAGCCGCACAGCAACGGACGUGGAGAUGAUCGAUGGCUCUGCAGAUGGCGUAGCGGGCCCUAGCUCGACGUCGAGUGCACCGCCUCCGGUCGGUGGCUCAGCGGCUCUUCCCGCCAACUUCUCCCUCAAAUGCUUCAUCUCCCACAAAGGGCCAUCUAUACACAGCGGACAUUACGUCGCGCACAUCAGACAUGACGAAGACGCGGCGUCGGGAUCUGCUCUGGGAAACGCCCCAGCCGGGGAAGCUCAAUGGGUUCUGUUCAACGACGAAAAAGUGGUCAAGGCGCCGUUUUCGAGCCAAUCUUCAUCUGGAGCUCAUCUAGAAGUAGGCGUAAAGGGACUUGUGAAACUGGCGUACGUGUACGUUUUUGAGCGUACACCUACGCCUACUACAUGAUGGCAAAUACAUCCUCUCAAAGGCAAUUCAAUAUGUACCCACCGUAGCCUGACAUGCUGCUUGCAAAUCCGAAUUCGUGACGGCUACCCAUUAGGGCGCAGGCAGACACGAUCUGGCUCCCAUGAACUUGACAGCUCAGGACACCAGGGCCGGCUGACACGUAUCGCACCU